AUGACACCACCCACAAGUCCAGCUUAUAAUCCCUAUGAAGCAGCUCUGGGACCCAGAGGUGAACCUGGAUAUCCUGGUGCCCAAGGACCUGCAGGAGAAGCUGGUUAUCCUGGUGCACCCGGUACACCUGGUGUACCUGGCAAUCCUGGACCACCAGGUCCCAUGCCUGACAUGAGUUAUUAUCAUCAACAGUUGGCUGCUGAAUAUGCCAACUCGGAGAAAGGUCCCACAGCUGCUGCAUUUUAUGCGCCUGUUCCAAUUCCCACCAAUGGUCAGCCAGGUCCUCGUGGUCCUCCCGGCAAUGUAGGACCUCAAGGUCCACAAGGUUUCCAGGGUACACGUGGUGAACCAGGAGAACCUGGUGUCCAGGGUCCACCCGGACCGAUGGGUCCCAGAGGUUUGCCUGGACCGCCAGGAAAAGAUGGCAUGCCCGGUGAAGAUGGUGAACCAGGUCCCCAAGGUUUGGCCGGCACUCCAGGUCCUCGUGGUCUACCCGGUCUUCCAGGCCAGCCUGGCUUAAAAGGACAUCGCGGUCUGCCCGGUUUAGAUGGUGCCAAAGGUGAUAUGGGUGCUCCCGGUGAAAAGGGUUCGGCUGGUGUUAUGGGUCCCGUGGGACCUCCUGGUUCAACUGGUCCCGCUGGUCCCCGAGGCGAACGUGGUCGUGAAGGUCCACCUGGCCAACCUGGUGCGAGAGGUUUGGAUGGUAACCCCGGCACACCCGGCCAACCUGGUUCAAUUGGCAAGCCUGGUCCACCAGGAUUCCCUGGUAUUCCUGGUGCCAAAGGUGAUAUGGGCCACAUGGGUCCCAAAGGUGAUCAAGGUUUGCAAGGUCCUCGUGGUGAGGCCGGACGUCCAGGUGCUACCGGUGAAAAUGGUCUUCCUGGUCAACCCGGCAAAGAUGGUAUGCCUGGCGAAAAGGGUUCAAUGGGUUCUCCUGGUAUUGCUGGUCCUCAAGGUUUUCCAGGCCCUAGAGGUCCUGAUGGUCUUCCCGGCAGUCCUGGUGAACCUGGUGUUAAAGGUGCUCCCGGACAACCUGGUGAAAGAGGUUACAAAGGUGAUCAAGGCAUAAAAGGUGAGGCUGGUCAACCUGGCCCUAGAGGUCUACCCGGCACAGUCGGCCCUGAAGGCAAACGCGGUAAACGUGGCAUGCGUGGUCCCACCGGUCCUGCUGGCCCCACUGGUGAACGUGGCUCACCCGGUCUUCCUGGACUCCCCGGUCCUGAUGGUCCCAUGGGCCCCAAGGGCACUCCCGGCGAGAGAGGCAUACAAGGCCCCCCUGGUGAAAAAGGCAGCAAUGGUGAUAUUGGUCCUCCCGGUCUGCCUGGUCUUCAAGGUUUACGUGGUCUUCCUGGUCGUGUUGGUCCCGAUGGCAGAGACGGUCCACCAGGUGAACGUGGUCCCCCAGGUGCUGAUGGAAAACCUGGUGAACAGGGUCCUCAAGGUCUACAAGGUUUACCCGGUCCCAUGGGUAUUCCUGGCGAUAAAGGUAUUCCUGGUGAACCUGGCAAAACAGGCGAACCUGGUGUAGCUGGUCCACCUGGACCUCGUGGUGACAAUGGCAAAGAUGGUCUACCCGGUGCCCAGGGUCCUCCCGGACCACCAGGUCAAGAUGGUGCAAGAGGAGAGGCGGGCCCCACGGGUCCUAGAGGUUUUCAAGGUUUGCCUGGGGCACCUGGUAGUCCAGGUACCCCCGGCAAGGAUGGUGCUCAUGGUCCACCCGGUCCCCAAGGUCCAACUGGCCUCGCUGGUUUGAGAGGAGAAAGAGGUUAUCCCGGAGAAAGAGGACCAAUUGGUCAACCUGGUACACCGGGUGAAAGAGGUGAACCAGGAAAUCCAGGACAUGAUGGACCACCGGGCCUGCCCGGAAAACCUGGCGAUAAAGGUCACAUGGGUCCUCCCGGCAUGAUGGGCAUACCCGGUCACAAAGGUCUUCCCGGUCCCGCUGGUGUUAAAGGUGAACGCGGUAGUACAGGUCCCAUGGGCCCAGAAGGUGCUCCCGGCCGUCCUGGCGAUAGAGGUCCUCAGGGUAAUGUUGGUCCACCAGGUGCCCCCGGUGAGCCAGGAGAACGUGGUAGCCCUGGCAAUCCUGGUACCCCCGGUGAACAAGGUGCAAAUGGUGCUCCCGGUGAAAGAGGUCCCAUUGGUCCAGCUGGCCCACCAGGCUUCCCAGGUGCUCCUGGUAUUGUUGGUUUGCCCGGUGCUAAAGGUGAUCGCGGUUUAAUGGGCAUCAAGGGUUCUCAAGGUGAUACUGGACCUCAAGGCCAGCCCGGUGAACAGGGUAUACCCGGUCCAAUUGGAUUAACUGGUCCCAAGGGAGCAAGAGGUGAACCAGGCUUGAGAGGAGAACCGGGUAUGAGUGGUUUGCCAGGAAGGCCAGGAGAUGCUGGAGCACCAGGACAACCUGGCAGCCCAGGUCAACCAGGUGUUGCUGGCCCACAAGGUCUGAAGGGUAGCCCUGGUGAAGCAGGACGUCCUGGACAACCAGGUCAACCCGGCUUACAAGGACCACCCGGCCCUGAAGGCCAAAAAGGAGAAACUGGCAAUGAUGGCCCACCUGGACCCCCUGGCACUCAAGGUCCUCAAGGCCCGGUGGGAGAUCGUGGCAUGCCCGGCUUACCUGGUCCACCAGGAGCCCAAGGUAUGCGCGGCAUGAGAGGUCCUGCAGGAGAAACUGGCCAACCCGGUAAACCUGGUAAAGAUGGUCCACCCGGUCCCCAAGGUUUGCUUGGUCCACAAGGCAAUCCCGGUCCCCAAGGUGAACAAGGUCCCGUUGGUCCAGCUGGCAAACCUGGUGCGCCUGGUAUUCAAGGACGCCCCGGAGAUAAGGGUCCACCAGGUCAGCAAGGCAAUCAAGGUGCUCCCGGUAAUCCAGGUCUUCCCGGUCCGGCAGGCCCAACUGGUCCCGCAGGUCCUCAAGGUGAACGAGGUCUUAAAGGCGAAACUGGCUUACCAGGUGUUGUGGGUCCCAUGGGCCCAAGAGGCAAAGCUGGACCUCCUGGCAUGGAAGGUCCUAAAGGUGAAACUGGCGAACCAGGUCCCAAGGGUAUUAAGGGUCACAGAGGUUUGAUUGGUCUGCAAGGUUUGCCCGGUGCCCCAGGCAUAAAGGGUGAUAUGGGUCUACCAGGUCUACAAGGUGCUCCAGGAAAACCAGGAGAAAUGGGUAUGAGAGGUCCACAAGGCAGAGAUGGCAAUCCCGGUCCACCAGGUCAACCUGGUCCAGCCGGUCCUAGAGGUUUCAGUGGUCAUGAUGGUAAACCAGGUCCCAUGGGUCCAGCCGGUCCUCCAGGUCCACCUGGACCUCCAGGAGAAACAUUGGGCUACGAUGUGGCAGCUUUGACGGCCCUGCUUAGCCAAGGUCAGACCAAGGGUGUUGAUGUUAUGGGUGAUCAGCCGAUGAUAGAUAAGCUAACCGAAGGCCUGUCGGAUGAGGAGAAACAGGCCUUGGUAAUGAAGGCUUUCGAUCAUGUCAAGGCCUCAUUUGAACGUUUCAAGCGUCCGAAUGGCCAACAAACUGCUCCCGCAAAGACUUGUCGUGACCUGUUUGCUGCCUAUCCUGACUUUAAGUCGGGAGAAUAUUGGAUAGAUCCCAAUGAGGGUGAUAUUCAGGAUGCCAUAUUGGUUUAUUGUGAAAAGGAGAGGAGAGCGACCUGCAUUUUGCCCUCACCCAAGGAGUCGAGUGUGUUGAGUUAUGUGGGCGGGGAGAAGGAGGUGUGGUUGGGUGAAAUGACCGGAGGUAUGGAUAUAAACUAUAAAACGGAUUCCAAUCAAAUGGGUUUCCUGCAAUUAUUGUCGGGCCGGGCAAGUCAGAAGAUUACAUUCCAUUGUAAGAAUACUGUGGCCUAUUUGGAUGAGGAGACGUCGUCAAAGAGGGAUGGCUUGAAGUUAUUGUCCUGGAAUGAUGCUGAACUCACACCCAAGGGUCCGCAGAGAUUGCGUUAUGAGGCUGAGUUGGAUGAGUGCAGGAAACGUUCCAAUUCGUGGGCCAAGACCGUCAUAACCUACACCACCCAAAAGACCCAAAGGUUGCCAAUUGUCGACAUUGCCAUCCGUGAUGUGGGUGAGGCCAAUCAACAAUUCCGCGUGCAGCUUGGACCAGCUUGUUUCUAUUAGAGGCUUUGUAAAAUAGGAAAAAAAACAACUCAGUUUUAGUUUAGAUUUUUAAGAAGAAAAAAUUACGCCUAGAAGGACU